AUGCCAGACCGCAGCGUACGGUCUUACAACGGCUGCUACACGUGCCGCGCCGUCAAGAAGAAGUGCCCCGAAGAUUUCGACGGCGAAGGACGCUGCAGCCGCUGUCUGGGCAAGGGUGUCAAGUGCGAACGUGAAACGCCCGUCCGCAAGCCCGGAGGGAACCCUCAUCGCGCAAGGACUGUGUCUGCGUCUCCCUACCCCUCUCCCAGUCGACCCAAUCUUGCGGCGCAAGUUCCUUCGACGUCGCACUCGCCAGGAAUACCCAUGCCAUCCACUUCCACCGCAACUCCUGCCUACCUCAUGAACGGCACGACGGACGCAGCCAUCGGGCAGCUCGACCUUCUCUCCGACGCAGCCGUGUUGGGCGACCAAGCCAGCGUCAGUGCACCAAUGGAUGCAGUCGCCAUGCAGCCGUGGCAGCAGGUCAUUGGCUUCCACGACUCGGACCCGUCAGCUAUCCUCGGACUGCCCCCGCCCAGCGCUGCGACAGCUCCGUUCGACUGGUCGUUCCUCUCCUCCCUGCCGGAAAACGUCUCGUCGCCAGCGACGACCCAAAGUCCGGUCGACCGUCUGCUUGCCCAGGAGGCCUCGCUGAACCUGGAUCCGAACUUGCCGGAAGGACUGAGCGCAGACAUGACGGACAUCUACAACAUGCUCAACUCGGCGUUCCUCAUGUCGAUGCCGCCAGACGACCGGAAACGGGCGACGAUGCGGUGGACGCAGCUCGCUCAGUCGACAAAGCUCGGUCAAGCGGCUGCGGCUGCGACGGUCAUGCUGUACCUCGCCUUCGAGACGCCGAAUACAGACGCCGACAAGCGGAAGCAGCUCCUUGCGCGGAGCGACCAGUACUUCCAGCAGGCUGUACAGCAUCUGAGCGACUCUGCGCCUCUCGAAGGUCAGAUCGCCGCUGUCAUCGACCUGUGGGCGCAUCAGAUGCUCGCUGUCUCUCCGCAGGCCGGCAAUGCCGUCCUCGCCAUCGGCGACUUGUUCGUCAUGCAAGCUCGCGGCGUCAAUCCUCCACUCGACCUCGAUACGCUUGUCGACCAUGACAAGGCAGCCCUCCGCCUCUUCGCCUACCUCGAUAUUCUCCGUUGCGUCACCCAGCCCGCACGAACGAUGGUAUUCGACUACGUUGGCUUACCAGGCUUCGGGGGCGCGACAGGCGCCGACCGACCAGUCGAGAGUGGACCAGCGAGCUUCAGCACCUGGUUCGGACUACCAGGACCGCUCGUAUCCUGCCUCGCCGCAUGCGUUCGGCUCGUCCAGACUCGCUCGCAUAUGACGCCUGAACGCGCAGAGGCGAUAGCUGCUGCGAUCGAGUCCACCAUCCGCGAAUGGCGGCUGCCUCGAGUCGACCCGCGCUCAUUCCCCGACUCCAUGACCAUGGUCGCUCACACCGCUACUCUCGAGAUGUGGCGACAUGCGACGCUCAUCUACUUCUUCUCGACCAUCCGCAACAUCGGUUGCCUGUCGCCGAACGUCCGGCAGUCGCUCGACCAGAUUGUCCAGCUCGGCUCCCAGCAGAAGGCGCCGCAGUCACCGUCAAACAUGGACGCCGACACGCCUCAUUGGAUUCGGCAGUUCCCCUGGUUCGUCGCUGCCACCGUCGCAGUUAAGCCCGACGACCGAGAAGCCUGUCGCGAAGGUCUGAAGGUCUUCUGGUGCGACAAGGCGUCGGAGGAGAACACUCGAGCGGCGGAACGGCUUUGGGAGGUCAUGGACAAGACGGGCCGCGAGACGCCCGACUGGCGGCAGUACCUCGCGCAGGAGGGUUUCAUCAUGUACUUUGUGUAG